ACAGAAACAAUAGCACCAUGAGAAGCGACCGGCUGCUCCUGCUUUUCUUCCUUCUUUGGAGUCUUUGUUCAUUAGGAGACGCACGUGCUCAGUCAUUGCAGGCAGAAGCAAAAGCACUUCUCAAGUGGAGAGACAGUCUCCAAGACGCCCACGUGCUGAAUUCCUCUUGGUCAUUCCUCAAAUCCAGAUAUGGCGCUCCCUGCCAGUGGGACGGGAUACAGUGCAGCAGCGAUAAAACGAGUGUCGUCAAGAUAAGUCUUCAAAAUAAAGGUCUUCGAGGUACACUCAACUAUUUCGACUUCGCUGCCUUCCCUAAUCUUGCACAUUUCGAUCUCAGAGGUAACAAUCUCAAUGGAAGCAUUCCUGAUGGUAUAGGCAACCUCUCCAAACUUACCUUCCUAGAUUUAUCGGUGAACCAGUUUUCUGGCAGCUUACCCGUUACUAUGGCCAAUGUUACUCAAAUUUCUGAGUUCUGGAUAUCAGACAACUUUAUUGAUGGAGAGCUAAUACCGAGCUUUUUCACCAAUUGGAGGAACCUUACUCGUCUUGUGCUUUUUGGCAACAAACUAACCGGCAACAUCCCUCUAGAAAUAGGCCAGUUGGAGAAGCUGACACGCUUGGAUCUAGCUCAUAAUCUUUUCCAAGGACCAAUCCCAUCUUCCAUAGGCAACAUGUCUAGCCUUACAAGUUUAAACCUCUCAGUGAAUAAUCUAUUCGGACGUGUCCCUUCAGAAAUGGGGAAACUUAGCAGCCUGGUCGAGUUAAGCCUUUACUCAAACCAACUCACAGGUUCAAUGCCUAAGGCGCUAGGGAAUUUGUCUGGCUUGUCUCACAUGAUCAUCCUUCAAAAUAAGUUGUCUGGUGAGAUCCCUUCUGAGAUUGGAAAUCUCAUGAAACUCACCGAUUUGGACCUAACCGACAACUCCUUUCUUGGAUCCAUACCACCUGAAAUAGGAAAGCUUAAGAACCUUGUUUCUAUAAAAUUGUCAUUCAACUCCCUCGCAGGACCUCUCCCUACUUCUAUUGGACAAUUAUCUAGUCUAGUGAAUCUAAUCAUCAAUGACAACCAUCUUACUGGAACUAUUCCACAGACGAUAGGAGAGCUCACAAAUCUCGACUUCUUGGACCUUGAUACCAACUCACUUACAGGUUCCAUUCCAGUGCAGAUUGGAAACCUGUCCAGUCUGCAGCAUUUGUUCCUUGGAGUAAAUUUGCUGACUGGGACCAUUCCACAAGAGUUAUGGAAGCUCAGUGCGCUCAUUGAAUUGGAUUUAGCGUCUAACUUUCUUCCAGGUUUGGUCCCUCCUUCAAUAGCCUCUUCGGCACUCUACCUCCACAAAUGA